AUGAGCAGUGACAAUGAGUCCACACAGCGAAGCGCUCAAGACGAUCUUGGAGAUCGGUCCAUUCGCCAGCUCUCGCGCGAAGCCUUAACUGAGGCUAAUGAGCUCCUAGAAUCUUUGGAACACACUCACCGAAACGAUUUGGCUUUGCAUCUAUACUCAACGUUCCUAUUAAAAUCGGUUCUCAAAGCUGCAAAUAGGAAAAAAUAUGGCUUGGAAACCAACACUUUUAUCAAGACCCAAAUCAAAGACAAUUGGACCAGUUGGCCGAAUCCAUCCACGGUGAUAGAUCCAAAAAUUGACACCAUCUUCGAAGACGUCAAUGGCUGGGAGGCAGGCCCACAUUCAAAAAGUUCCUUGCCAGGCAAUAUAUCGCCGGACAAGCUUCUGCAUGCGUCCAAAAUGGUGCAAGGCGAAUUGAAUGCAGUGUGGCAGCAAUCAUUGACAAAAAUGGCAAUAGAAAACGGCGUCGUUCUCGAUAUUGACAAAAUGGAUAUCCCUAACGGUGUUGCAUCAGCAGUUCUAUCAAAAAUGGACCAUUUUUUCAAAGGUCUCCACACAAAUGUCGCAUCCAUGAAUAAGUUGAUAAUCACCCAGGCAAGUGGGACGAGUCAACUAAAGGUAACCGAACAUCAACCUAAUGAGAAGCCCUUGGAGAUGAACAGGAAAAUCAAACUGGAUUACCACGAUGUUAUAACGCGUGGGUGUCAGAUGGGCGAUGAGAUGUUUGAUGUUUACAUGAAGGGAUUGGAGCUUUUCAGUGAUAUCCCAUCAAAAUACAGAAAUCAAGACUUUAGACUCCCCAAAGAAGAGUUGAUCAAGUAUACAACAAAGAAGAAAGACACAAUUCAAGAAAAACUUCAUUCUGGAAACAAGAGACCUGGCUAUAUUUUGGCAGAGAAACUAUUGCGCCAGAACACACUUUCGUUCAUAAACAGAAUCAAAUUGAGGUCUAUAUUGCACAAGCAUCGAGACCGCUCGCUGGACGAGAAGACAUAUUUACACCUAGAGAACUUCGCGAAUACGCAUCUUGCUUACCGAGAAGAAGAUAAUGAAUAUGGUGUAACUGACUGUUUGGUCCCAAUCUUCCGCACUAAAUCACGUUACGCCAGGAAAAAGCUCCGCUAG